UUGUUAAACGUGGUGAAAUACAAUGGAUUUUUAUCUGCUCUAUAAAACUUUGGAUUUAUGUUAUUGGAGUUUUAUGGCAGUUUGUUAAUAAAUGUCUACCAGAUAGUUAGACCUCUCUGGGGUCUAAUUGAUCCCAAAACAAACUAUACUUGGUAGAAUGACUUUUUGGCAAACUUAUCCAUGCAUAGCUCGUAUAACAUAUUAAUUUAAACAUUUAAUAUUAUCCAAAUGUUGUGUAAUAACAAUGAAACAUGGUCAUUUCUGUAUAUAUUACAACUUCAAUACUUAUUGGAUUUUAAUAAGGCCACAAGAAAAGAAAAGAAGUUUUGAAGGAAAAUAACUAUUAAUAUUAGUAUUACUUAGACACACACAGCUGUAGGGUCUGUGGGACCCCAAACCAAAGUCAUCUAAAGACAUGUUUUUUAAUAUGUUAUGGGACUAAAUUUUGAUUAUUUGGUCAAAAAGAAGCAUAAUGUGUUGUAUUCCAAUGAAUUUGGUUCCCAGUCUUUUGUUUCCCUCCAUGCCAUCCCAUUGUUUGAGUAACAACUGUUGCAUUGGGGGGCUGUGAGACAGCAUCCUGUGCUGUGAUUGGGUAACUUGAAACAAUUGGGAGAACAACUUGUUUUAAACCCCUCAAGUCAGUUUUCAUUGUGCUCUGCUUUCAUCAAGGUGAUCCUCACCCGCUGAACACGCCCCCCGACACAGAGCUAAAAGUUCCCACCCAUAUUUAAGCAGCAGAAGUGGCAGAGAUAUUCUCCUUUGGCUUCUGGCUUGAUGUUGGAGUUGAACAAUGACGGUCAGCAAGGUCAUCAAAUACCUUCUCUUCACCUUCAACUUUUUGUUUUUUGCGGGUGGAGCCAUUAUUCUCACUUACUCCACACACGUCAGGAGCAACAAAGGACACUACCAGAUCACUGAUGAACUUCUCCCGGCCAUACACCUCCUCAUAUUUAUCGGUGCCAUGACUUUGGUUUUUGGCUUCCUGGGUUUCUGCGGAGCGAUCCGAGAGAACCGCUGCCUGCUGGCCCUGUUCUUCAAGGGCCUGCUCAUAAUGUUCCUCAUGCUGUUGGCCGUGGGAGUGCUGGGAGCCGUAUCAAGAACUGCAGCUGCCCAGGAGCUGGUGAGGAAACACUUGAAGCAGCUGCUUCCGCUGAGCGAACAGCCGAAGGAAGUUCAGGAGACGUUUCACAACGUGGAGAGGACCGGCUUCUGUUGUGGUUUCUUUGUUGGACAUCUCGAUUGGGGCAACUCGACAGUGGUGCCCGACUCUUGUAACUGCACAGACACCUCCAGAAAUUGCACGGAUUUAGAUGGACGGGAUAUAUACGCGACGCCGUGUAUGCCGCACAUCAUGACGUGGUUGGACAGGAUGUCAGAUUCACUCAUCGGGACUGCGCUUGCAUUCGGCAUCUUGAUGAUUCUGGGCAUGAUUUUCUCACUAGCCCUGAUCUGUCAGAUUAGGAGUUGGAAGAAAGGCAUUGUUUAAAAGGUUCACAGGUGUCGACUGAAGGACACAUCAUCAUGUUAGUGUUAAUUGCAUCUUUACUGGGCGUUGCCGCGUUGUACAUUUUUUAACGGUUUCUA